CAGGAGACGGGAGAAUGAAUAUUCUCUUAAGCACCAUGCUCUUUCUCUGGUAUUUAACUUUGCCUUUUUGGAACGUAGCUCUUUCCCGUACUGGCUCAGCAAGGGAGGCAGAGCAUCGGCGGGCCUUCGUAAAGUACCACGAGACACUUUCUUACGACCGAGGAGCUUUGGAGAAGAUGUGUCGAGAGGCAAAGGAGAAGGGGGACAGAAGACUAAUCCUGCUCGAGUUCAAAGCGUAUUGGAGGGUGUUCAGGAUGAGACUGAGCCGAGACAGGAGUGUUUUUGCGAGAGGCUUUGAGAUCACAAGGAGAAAGGGCGACUCAGAGCCUGUGGAUGUCUCUUUCAUUUACUCUGGUGACCUGCAAGGAGAGCCAGGUUCAUUGUGCCAUGGGUCCAUCAUCAACGGCCUUUUCGAGGGGUUUAUCCGGACAUGGAACGGCACCUAUUACAUUGAAUCGGCUGGGGAACCACUGGCCAACCAGACCUCUCCGGGCCAUUCGCUCAUCCACCACGAGAGGGACUUAGACUAUCCACUUUGGGGAGACGCUGAAUCCGUGUCUUUGGCUCGGAGAAUGCACCAGCGCCUGCAAGAUUCCCAGCGGGAGCUGACAGCAAAGGCUCCCCAGCACUCGCUGCGGCAGAAGAGGAGCCUGGAUUACUCUAAGACCUCUUGCCUGCUGCACGUUCAGGCUGAUCACCUUUUCUACCGAAGGUUUGGCUCCAUCGAAGCCGUGGUCGCCCAGAUUGCCAGCUAUGUAAAAGCUGUGAAUGCCAUCUACGAAGGGGCAGAAUUUGACGGAAUCCAGAACAUUGACUUCAAAGUUAAGGCCAUCAACAUUAUUGAAGAGGGCGACCGUUCGGAGUCACCUUUCAUCAGCCCAGAGAUGCUCCUUAUGCUUCACUCCAAAGCCAACUGGAACAGUUACUGCUUAGCCUUUCUGCUGACUGACAGGGAUUACAGUGGCGUUCUGGGCAUUGCUUUUAAUGGACAACCUGGUGAUUCUGGAGGGAUUUGCUCUAAGCAGCGGUAUUUCCAGGACAAGGAGGUAUCCCUGAACACAGGGCUGAUCACACUGCAGAAAUACGGACAGCUUCUUGCUCCCCGGAUGAUCCACAUCACGCUUGCACAUGAGCUUGGCCACAGCCUGGGAGCCUAUCACGACGAGAGCAAAGAGUGUUCCCGUUUUGACAUCGACACCACCCGUGGGAAGUACCUGAUGUUCAGCUUCGCCACAGAUGGGGGAGAAUUCAACAAUGACAAAUUCUCCCCGUGUAGCAUUGCCUACAUUGCAAACAUCCUCAGGGUGAAGAAGGACGUCUGCUUUGCAGAAACGGACCGUCCCAUCUGUGGGAACCGGAUUGUGGAUCCAGGAGAGGAGUGCGACGUUGGCAAUGAGGACGCAGAUGCCUGCUGCUACGGCCCUGCAGAGCCAAGCGGGAUCCGGUGUCGGCUGAAACCGGGAGCUCUGUGCAGUCCUAGUCAGGGACUCUGCUGCAGCCACGAGUGCGUUCCUAAACCUCGAGGGGAACGAUGCCAGGCGGAGACCGACUGCGCUUCAGAAAGCGUCUGCUCCGGGGAGGAAGCGAAAUGCCCGGCGGCCCUUCCGAAAGCCAACUUCAUUCUCUGUGCCAUGCAGUCCCGGGUCUGCCUGAACGGGCUCUGCAUGGGUUCCCUCUGCAUCCAGCACGGAUUGGAACAGUGUGACUGCGUCUCCGUUUCCCUGAGAGAGAGAUGCCAGCUCUGUUGCCAGCUGCCAGAGCAGGCCGGCACUUGCGCCAGCACCACCUCCCCCACCUGGGGCCGUUUCUUCAAUGGCUCAGAGGUCCCGCUGAUUCCGGGUUCGCCGUGCGGAGAGAAGACUGGCUACUGCGACAGGUUCCACGUCUGCCGGUUCGUCGACGAGGAUGGGCCUGUUGCCCGGGUGAAAAACUUCAUCCUGGACUUCAUUGAGAUGGAAGAUGUAGCCACAUGGAUGAAGACACAUUGGUGGGCCGUCCUUCUCGUCAUUCUGACUUUGGCAGCUAUGAUGGCUGCCACUGUCUUCCUCUUUGGAAGGACAGUUGACACCGAAACAGAUGAGAAAGCAAGGGUUAACAAGAAAAAGAACAGUCCCAUUGAGCAGCGGCCAGAGAAUCGACAUUCGUUCUUCUACUGGGAGCACCAGGAAAUAUUCAUCGAAGCCAUCCGCCAGGAGUACGAGACCAUUAUCUAG